AUGGCUACUAAAAGUGACGAAUAUCUGCCGCUUAAGGAUUUCCGAGUCGAAAUUGACGACAAACAACCAACUUUCUCCGUCUGCUUUUGGCUUUACCUCUCUUCCUCCACCACCUUCCCCGCCACACUCAUUCAGGUGCAUUCAGGUGCCGCAGGAAAUUCUCCUUUUCUUGUUAUAAGAGAAAACAAGAAAUUGAGGCUUUACUUGAUGGGACUCUUACCCAGGAAAGCUGCUGAUCAAUGUGGUUCCGCUUCGUUGUCUGAAGUUCCGCACAUUGAUGUGUGGAGUCAGUUUCCUAUGGAGAAAUGGGUUCAUGUUGGAUGGGAGGUUUCUUCUGAUUUUGUACGGCUGCAUAUUGAUGGCGAGGAUGUCGGAAACAAAGAUAUCUCUUCUUUGUUCAACAAAGAUUCCAUUUCAACUGGGUUGUCAAAAAUUUCCUUGGCUUUUUGUGGUGGAGAUGGCAACAAUAUGCAGGGUUAUGUCCAUCAUCCAAAUAUUUUGCCUUUGACCUCAUCUAUUAUGGAGUACUUUGCCAAGGACCCACCUCUACAAUUAUCUUUUGAUAAUUCCUCUGUUUCUGAGAUUGAAGAAUUGAGUAAUGGUGUUUGGAGUAUUGUUGGUGGAAAGGCAUCUUGUCGUAGGAUAUUUUCACUGGAUGUUGUACUGCUGGAUGCCUUUUCCCAUACUAUAAACAAGGAACUGGAGGUUAUUGCUUCCCUUGCGUAUUAUGACAAUGGGGCACAUGUGGACAAGACAAGUGAUGGAGAACCUCCCCUGUUGGCAAUCCAUGAUGGGAUUGAAUUUGCUUCUUGUGAUAGACCAACCAAAGUUGUGCAAGGGCGUGCAUCUUUCAAGCUCAAGAUAUCUCAGCUUUCAUCCAAGUGCGAUAAUCGGUUGUUUCGGAUAAUAUUUCAAAUACCAAAUUGGGAAAAUUAUCCUUUUCUCAAGGCAUUCACCCCUCCAAUUCGUUGUGUCUCACCGAGCCAUAAUGCUGUGGUCUCCUCUAUCAUGUUGGGAAGAUCACCAUAUGCACCGCUCAAUGUAUAUCAACCAUUGGGGUUAGAUGAUAAAGCACUAGAACUUCAGAACAUUUCUGCUCCUGAGGACAAACUGAAUCCAUCACCAAAACGAUUGAAAUUGGGUAAUCAGGUUGAAAAUGCUUUUGUGAAAAAUUUGGUGGGGAGAGCCAAUAACGUGGAAGAAGUAGAUGACUCCCGAUCCAAUUCAGAGAAUCCUGAAGCAAGAAACUCAACUCUCAAGAGUACAUCAAGUAGUAGAAUUCCAAUGUCGGAUGUGACCGUUUUCAAAUACUGCCUCGCAGGAUUAACUGAGAAAAGUCUUCUGCUCAAGGAGAUUGCAACCUCUGCUUCUAAUGAAGAACUUCAGGAUUUUGCCCAUCAGGUUUCAUUGUAUUCAGGAUGUUCACACCACAGGCACCAAAUAAUAAUGGCAAAGAAAUUGGUCGAGGAAGGAACGAAAGCUUGGAAGUUGAUCUCACAAAAUAGUGACCAGGUUCAAUGGGAGAGUGUGGUUUUAGAAAUUGAAGAGCAAUUCAUGAAGAUUGCUUGCUGUAGUUCUAGAUCUCUCACAAAGCAGGACUUUGAGCUGCUAAAGAGAAUUGCUGGUUGCAAAGAAUAUCUGGCGCAAGAGAACUUUGAAAAGAUGUGGUGUUGGUUAUAUCCUGUCGCUUUUACAUUAUCAAAAGAUGGGAUAAAUACAAUGUGGAGUUCAACAUCACCCAAGUGGAUAGAAGGAUUCAUUACUAAGGAAGAAGCUGAAUCUUCUCUUCAACCUUCAAGGGGUUUCCAGGAACCUGGUACAUUUGUACUUCGAUUUCCAACUUCAAGGAGCUGGCCUCAUCCAGAUGCUGGGAGCUUAGUUGUGACCUAUCUUGGCAGCAAAUGCACCAUUCACCACAAACUUAUUUCCCUGGAUACUAUUGCUAGUUCUGAGGAAAAGAACACAAAGCCUUUGCAAGACAUGCUUCUUGUAGAGCCCGAACUCUCUCGAUUGGGAAGGAUAACAAGAAGUCACUGAGUUCGCUGGGAUGUCUUAGUACUAUUCCGUUUUUGGGCAACAAUGUGUUCCAUGUAUUAAAACGGGUAUGUAUACAUGUAGUUCUUGCCAUCAUCAAACCAAAAUGGAAUUAAUGUCCAUUGUGUACAAGCAUGGUCACCAAGAGAGUUGAACUCGGUUAUUAGUUAGUCACACAGCUAGGAUCAGCACUUCCCUGUAAAUUUAAAGACCACAUGAAUACUCACAUCUGCUUGUCAUAUUGUUGGGUCAGAAGAAUGUCUAAAGAAUUAUGAAAGACCUGGUUAUAGAAAAUUAAAUUCAUAAAUUACAUAAAACAAUCAAAUGGGGUGGAUGAGUGGAUCAU